CCAGAAGAGUUAAUACAAUACAGGUUACCACGCGGUUACAUACCAGAUACAGAUCAAAUUAGCAGAAUCGUAGCCCAGGAUCAGUUUAUUAUUGAUCUGAUCACCACUUCGCUUCUGAGAGUUCCUUCAGGCACUUAUAAGGCUGGCGACAAUAUGUUUAUCGAUGGCACAGAGUAUGAAGCUCUUUAUAUACCUCAUUCAUCAGAUCUUGUAGACUUACCUCCUGUAGUAGCAGAAAUACAACACACAGUGACACGCGAGUUUAUGUGUCGAGCCAUCCAGUACUGCCUGAAUGUGUAUAAGCGUUUCCACAUUUUAUCAAUUUUAUUCCUCGUCUGUACCUCGAAAACAAAGCCCAAAACUCUGAGAGACCUCUUCAAACCUGUCCAAAACAAGUCUAACCUCUUAGAAACACCUUGCUGCCACUUCGCAACUAGUUGCUUCAUGCUGACCAAACAGAGUAUCGAUCCUUUUAUUGACAAUCACGAUGCCAAGAAUUGGAUCUUUGAGAAUGAUAAAGUCGAAGCGUUACAAACGAUUUGUCAAGCAACACAAAAUCAAUUUGAGAAAAUAAUGACGACCGUUUUCGACAACCCCAGCCGAGCGCAUCAAUACGCAGAAGCAGGACGGCACUAUAGCGCAAGUCUUGAAGUACGACGCAAUGAAGCAAGAAUUAAACAAUACACCUCCAGAAGCAACAACACCAAUGGAGCUUCCUAAAGACUUUGACGGCGCUUCUAGUUCUAUAAAUUCCAAAUACAAAGAUUUGAUUGCAUUCAUCGAUGCUUGGGAGCAGAAUAACAAAGGUCGAAUGAAUUGGUCUGCCUGUUGGGAAGAUGGAAAGAAAAAAGGUCUGUUCAAUGAGUACUCAAACACCCAUAGCUUGAAGAAUAUAUACCACAGAGCAAAAAAUGAUACCUAAUCACCAUUAGCACCGUUUAUAUGAC